GCUUACCCGAUAUUAUAGGACAUUAAAAGACUCACUGAGGUUAGCUCUCUGAAACUUAUUUCUUUUGACUCACAGCUAGAGUUGAAGCCAAAAUGGAAGAUGAUAAGAUCUAUAGAGCUCAUAUUCUUGUAGUUCCUUAUCCAAGCCAGGGCCACAUAAACCCAACUCUUCAAUUCGGCAAACGUUUGGCCUCCAAGGGGCUCAAAAUCACUUUCGCCAUAACCAAUUUCAUCUCCAACACCAUGAAGCCUCAGCCCUCUACUUCAGUGCAGUAUGAAACAAUUUCAGAUGGCUUCGAUGAAGGCGGGUUUGCAAAAGCUGAAAGUAUCCAUGAUUAUCUUCAAAAAAUGGAAGUUGCAGGCUCAAAAACCCUAGCUGAGCUGAUAAAAAAGUAUCAACAAUCUUCAAACCCUGUGGAUUGUAUUGUUUAUGACCCUUUUUUGCCUUGGGCUCUUGAGGUGGCCAAGCAGUUUGCCUUGCUUGGAGCUGCUUUUUUCACUCAAACUUGUGCUGUUAACUAUAUUUAUUAUCUUGUUUAUAAUGGAUUGUUGAGGCUUCCGAUUCGUUCAGCGCCAGUGUCCAUCCCUGGACUGCCGCCGAUUGAGCUGCCGGAUAUGCCGUCUUUCAUCUACGUUGCAGGUCAAUAUCCGGCUUACUUUGAGAUGGUGUUGAACCAGUUUUCCAACACAGAUAAAGUCAACUUCAUUCUAGUCAAUACUUUCUACAAGUUAGAAGUUGAGGUUGUGGAUUCAAUGCAAAAGAUUUGUCCACUGCUGACAAUUGGCCCAACGAUUCCAUCCUUCUACUUGGACAACCGCAUCGAAAAUGACAAAGACUAUGAUCUCAAUCUCUUCAAACUAGACAAAUCCAUCUGCAUCGAUUGGCUCAAUGCAAAGCCAAAAGGAUCCGUCGUUUAUGUGUCAUUCGGCAGCAUGGCUAAUUUAAGCCACAAGCAAAUGGAGGAGCUUGCAUGGGCCUUGAACAACACCAAUUUCCACUUCUUAUGGGUGGUUAGAGACUCUGAGGACGCGAAACUCCCACAUGGAUUUAUUGAAGAGACUGCCAACAAGGGCUUGAUAGUGAAAUGGAGCCCUCAAUUGGAAGUUCUUUCAAAUGAAGCUUUGGGUUGUUUUUUCUCCCACGCCGGGUGGAAUUCGACUAUUGAGGCAUUGAGUUUGGCGGUGCCGAUGGUGGUGAUGCCGCAGUGGACUGAUCAGCCGACAAAUGCUAUGUUUAUUGUGGAUGUUUGGAAGGUCGGAAUUAGGGUUAGGGUUGAAGAGAAUGGGAUUGUGACAAGAGAGGAGAUUGAGAAAUGUGUAAGGGAAGUAAUGGAGGGGGAGAGAGCAAAAGAAAUGAAAAUGAAUGCUGAGAAAUGGAGGAAGUUGGCUAUAGAAGCAGUGAGUGAAGGAGGCACUUCGGACAUAAACAUUGAUGAAUUUAUCUCCAAAGUUAGGGAAGCCUGAUCAAUAGUUGAAAGUGCAGUGUCACAUAAUACUAUUGAAUUUAUGUUUCUUCUUGUAUCUUUAAAUUGAUAGUUGCAAAUAAUGUUUUCAUAUUCAGAUUAAACAUUAGUCUGGUCAAGUAAUCAUUCUGAGUUUUGACUA